AUGUCCAGCUCAACUGUUUCAAGAAACUCGCUGGAAGCAGAUCAGCAAUGGCUACUCCGGUCCUCAUCACCAGAGAACGACCUGGACCGGGACGAACGACCAAGCAAACCAAGAAGGCAUAUUGUCGCAGUGCUCUGCUUGGUGCUAAUGUUCACUGUGGCUGGGUACGUCACCUCUAGUGUCCUGCUCAACAACCGGCUCGAGCAUCCUUUCCGCAUACCGAAGCUUCCACAUGAGGAGCCUUGCGACUUUGCUCCUUCGCGGCCAUCGUGGAACAGUAUGCCACGACAUCGCCGCCAUGCCUUCAUUAGUGCAGUACAAAGAUUGGCCAGCAAGCCGUCAAGACUCGGAUUAAGCAACACCAGCAUGUACGACGACUUCGUUUACGUCCAUACCAAGGUCGUAUGGCAGGUACACCAUCACGCGAUCUCGCUGCCUUUCCACCGGUACUUCGUCCAUAUCUUCGAGCAGGCUUUGCAGAAUGACGGGGGCUACGAUGGCCUGAUGCCCUACUGGGACUGGACACAGGACUCUAGUGAUCCGCUCGCAUCAAUCGUCUGGGACCCAUGGGCUGGAUUUGGGUCUGCAGGCAAUGGCUGCAUCAGCGACGGUGUCUUCGCUCGGGUGGGCAAGUUUGCUAAUUACACCGAAAAUGGCUAUGAGCCGCACUGUGUUACCAGAAACUGUCUAGCGCACGCUGACGCGGUUGACGAGUCUGACGGCGUCAUGCAUAGCAAGCACUGGACACCCGCGAUCGUAAAAGCGAUCAUCGACGACUCCACUACAUACAGAGACUUCCGGCAAAGAUUGGAAGAGGGACCGCACAAGCAUUUGCAUGCUUAUGGGAUAGGAGGUGAUAUGGCUAGCGCAAGCUCACCGAACGGUCAGUUCAUACCACAGCCCAAGCAUACACUAAGCCGUAUACCUUGA